GCGCUACGUUCCAGAAACAAGAUGCCUUCCGCGCGUCCCCGCUGGCCUGUCUCUACAGCUGCCGUAGGAAUGCCACCCGACGACGGCAGCUUUACCGUGUAGGAGGAGCCAGCGGCGUGUUUCCGCUAAGAGCAGGCCGAGAGAGGUAACGCUAACACGGCUAUCUAUGCCGCCGUACUGACAAUUACAGAAUAGUGGCGGAACAGUUGUCGGCUCCUGCGGAACACUGUUAGACUACAAGUUGUUUUAUCACUGGAGAGCUUCGGUUGUCCAUAUCUGGACAAGAAGAAGGAGUGGCAGCUGGACUGUCAGCAAUGGAAGCCGAGUUUCGGGAAAUCGAUGAAAACGGGAGUUGGAGCGCCAUUUAUCAGGAGAUUCGCCAGCAGUCAUGUGAACUCCCUUGCAAGGUUGCCAAAUUACCCGAAAACAAGAAUCGGAAUCGUUACAGAGAUGUUAGCCCAUUUGACCACAGCAGAAUAUGUCUGCAGCUGGGUACGAAUGACUACAUUAAUGCCAGCCUAAUAACCGUAGAAGAGGCACAGAGGAACUAUAUUCUUACUCAGGGACCCCUUCCAAAUACAUGUGGCAACUUCUGGGAGAUGGUGUGGGAGCAGAGGACCCGUGGUGUAGUGAUGCUGAACCGAGUCAUAGAGAAAGGAUCUGUUAAAUGCGCCCAAUAUUGGCCUCACAGAGAGGAGAAAGACGCCAUCUUUGAAGAUACCAAUUUCAAGCUCACCUUUGUCUCAGAAGACAUCAAAUCCUACUAUACAGUCCGACAGCUGGAGUUGGAAAACCUGUCUACUCAGGAGACUCGUGAGAUUUUACAUUUUCACUACACCACCUGGCCUGACUUUGGGGUGCCAGAGUCUCCUGCCUCUUUCCUUAACUUCCUGUUCAAGGUGCGAGAGUCAGGUUGUCUGAAUUCGGACCAGGGACCCGUGGUGGUGCACUGCAGCGCCGGCAUCGGACGCUCUGGGACAUUUUGUCUUGUGGACACCUGCCUCCUGUUGAUGUCCCUCCGUAAAGACCCGUCUUCAGUUCGGAUUCGUGACGUGCUGCUGGAGAUGCGACGCUACAGAAUGGGUUUGAUUCAGACGGCAGAUCAGCUUCGCUUCUCCUACCUUGCUGUCAUCGAAGGUGCAAAGUACAUCAAAGGAGACACGUCUCUGCAGGAGUCAUGGAAGGAGCUCUCAAACGAGGAAGACGAUCCUCCAGAGUUCACCCCUCCUCCUCCUCUUCCUCCUCCCAGAGACCCACACAAUGGCAAAGUUGAGCCAUCCUUUUUCCCAGAAAAUGAUGAGGUCAUCCAGCAGAUGGAGAUCCGCAGUCUUGGGUCCUCACAAGAGCCGGAGCUGCGAAAGAGGAACAUUGCUGCUCCUCCGCCUCCGCCUGAUGGUGCUGAUCAGCUCGAUGGCUACGUGGAAAUUCAAGAUCAUACCUCCAGAGCUCCAACCAAAUCCCAGCAGCAGCAGCAUGAGCCCGCGGAGCAGGAGCUGCCUGAGGCAGUGGAGCAGCCGAAGGAAAGCUCUCCUGUGCCAGGGACUUGGUCCCCUCUGCUAACCAACGUGUGCCUGUGCACAGCACUGGCUCUCAGUGCUUAUGUCUGUUAUCGAGCCUAUUUCCACUGAUGUCUGUCCUUCCUCCUCCUUUUUGUUCCCUGUCUCCCCACUGAUGUUGCAAAGUGGACUCGGCCGGCCAAUCAGCCUGCUUUGACUCUGGGUUUACUCUGCGAGUGAGUGGAUUAUUUGGACUUCAGCAGAUUCAGGUUCACUCGUUUAUUUUACAAAUGCAGCGUGAGGCGUUGGCUGGUUAGGAACAGGCUGCCAAUCCUUCCUACCCCCCAAACGUUCUUUCAGCAUGUCAUCUUGGACGCUCAGGGCCUCAGUUUUUCAGGUGUCACAUCCCAAAUACGUGUGCUGACUUAGACGCAGAAACAACAGACAUUUAGUAUCUUGGUCUGUAGAAGAAGAGGGUUUGUUUUAGCUCCCCUGUUCUGUGAACCAGGAUGAAUGGCCUGUCAGCCCAUUUUACAUGUAUCUCCUCUCUGAAUUCACAGACGUGUAUGUGUUCUUCCAUUUCAUACUUUACUGAAGUGUCCGUUGGGAUUUCACUUUCUCUUUCUUACACAAAUGCAUCAGAAAUCAUAGAGCCAGAUUGUUUGACCAGCCUGUCUGAGAAUAUGCCAGUAAAAAGGGCAUAUUUUCAAAAGCUUUUGAAAAUGUUUUGUACUUUCGUUAUUGGUCAAUAUAAAACCCAUCAGUAAGGUGAAACGUGUGAAAGUAAGAGGGAGGCAACCCUGUGCCCACUAGGUAAGAGAUGCAUGCUGGAGUGGGCACUGAAAUGUUAUCUGUCCUCACUAGUGGCCUGUGCAGGGCUGCAGGAGGCAUGCUAGUUGAGUACAUACAGUAUGCGUGUGUUUUUGUGUGUUUGUGUACGUGCAUUUGCGCGAGUGGUAGUUAGUGGAGCUUUCUACUGAUGCUUGAGUUGAAUCUACUCUGUGAGAAAUAUUAAUAUAACCUUUACAGUACGUCAAAUGUGAGAUGUAGACUGGGUUGCCUGCUGGUAACUCGCUCGCCCUGCGUUUUCUCUCCCUGGAGGCUCACCAGAGAACAGGAAAGUCUCAUUCUCCAUUCGCCUGGCAUUCUCAAAUUGAUGUUGGAAAAAUCUUGACCGCUUUAAUUUUUUUUUUUUUUAAUAAGGUUGUAACACCUGGAUUUUACUUAGUUGCUGUUUGAGAGAGCAUCUUUUCAGUCACAGUGGAUAAAUAUGGGUGGAGGCUUUUCAUGCCAACAGAAUGUGUAACAGAACCUGAAUGCAAGUCAGCGGUCAGCUGACUUUCGCACAAGAACGCCAGCUCAAAGAGACACAGAGUAGCGAACACCCAACUCUUUUCGCCAGCAAUACAAAUACUUAAUAAUGUGUCGCCCUUCACUUUAUCAAACUCUGAGUUUGAACAGGGAACCAGGGAUUUUGAACAAACCAAAAAUCAAACACCAGCACAGGGAUGAAAACAAUACACUGUAGUGAUGGUCCGUUGUGUCAUGGCGUGGCCCUGAGCUGGCAAUGUUGUUUUUUGUAUGAUUAUGUUUCUUUGUUUUUGUUUUUUUUAGCAUGCUGCAUUUGUGAAUCAACAGGUUUGUCCUAAGAAGAGAUUAGCUAAGCUGCUAGCAUUCAGUUUACCUUUGUGACUCGACAAAGUUCAGUUGAGUCCAACAGCUGUACCUUUCUUUAGAAUGUAUAAACGUCCUCUCCAAGGACGCACUCUUAGUAGAUAUAUAUAUUUUUUUCAAGUCAGGUUUCAGUGUGCUGAGGUUUUUUUUUUUUUUUUUGUUAAGCUUUAGCAAGGGAUUAAGUCUCAGCACCUGUGCAGCCAUUACACCAGGUUUUUCCUGUUUUUCUAUACUUAUGCUGAAAAACAUGUAUUUUUUUAUUUACUUUUGUUGUUUUCCUUUUUUUAAUAAAAAAAAGUCUACUGUUGAUUUGUUCUGGUUUGUAGAACAGAUUUACAUCUAUAACCUCAUUCUCAGUCUUACUUCUGAACAAUGACUAUGGUAAUAAAAGGUCACAU